UAUGGCGGUAUCCUGUCGGCACAUAUUGUACAAUCAAAUCAAACACACAUUGUUAAUGUAAACAGUAGUGACCAGGGUAUCGCCUGGCACACGACGUGUUAUCAUUUGCCAAUAAAUUAAUAAAUAAAUCUGGAAAUCAUGAAGAAUUUGGCCUUGUUGGCCUGUCUGUUUGUCUGUUUUCAGAGCGGUACCUCAAUCCGCUGUUACGAAUGUAACAGCAAGAACAACACCAUGUGCCUGGACCCCUCCCUGUACGACAAGGAGACGGUGAACAAGUUCCUCAUCUCCACAGACUGCCAGAAGGGAGUGUUCAGUCCGCACCAGAAAGAUUUCUUCUGUAGGAAGAUUAUACAGACUAUCCUCCACAAAAACCACGACUCGGAAGUGCGCGUGACACGCGGCUGCGGCUGGGUGCGGCAUCACAAGGACUGCUACAAGGCAGACACGGAAGACCACCUCGAGACCGUCUGUCAGUGCUUCAACGACGAAUGCAAUGGCGCGAGUGCGCUGGCAUUCAGCGCGGCCGUGAUGGCGCUGAGCGUUCUAAUUUUAAGAUUUUGAAUAAAGAACGUGUUUUGA